CAGUAUGACAUGCAGAUGAGUGCCGUCGAUCUUAGAAUCACCGCACACUUCACUCAUUUGGCCAGUCACGGGGCCAAAACCAGUGUUUGGAGCCACAGUGUGGCGGUGGAGGCAGCAGCAAUGGGAGGCCAUACAGCACCCUUUGACAAAAUGGAAACCAGCAGGAGUGUGAGGAGACCUCAAAGUGGCACAUGGCAGAGUGGGAGCAAUGGGAGGCGGUACAGGGACCCAUGUCACACUGUGGACCCAGCAGCAGCGUGACGAGGCGGUACGGGGGCCCAUGGCAGAUUUGGGGCCUGGCAGCACCUAUGGGAGGCCUGUAAUCUGGAGCACCAUGUCACACUGUGGACCCAGCAGCAGCGUGA